GGGUCCCGACCUGAAACGUCAACUUUCCUACUCCUCUACUGCCUGGCCUGCUGUGUUCCUCCAGCUCCACAAUGUUUUCCAUGCUAAUCUAGGGACUUUUUCAGGACACAAGUAUAUGGGCACUGUAAUUUUCAAAGACUGUUGAUUCUGUGACUUAAAUUAUUUGUGUGUGAUAUAUAUGGACUUUUGUUUUAAAGAUCCCAAGUGAAUAAUUUCUUGAGCUAAAUGCUUCUAAGAGUUACUCCUAAAUUCCAUAGCCCUUUGAUCUGUUAACGUCUUUGGCUUUACAGGUAACUUGUGCAUGGUGAUAGGAGGUGCUAACUUGGGUCGUAUUGGAGUAAUCACUAAUCGUGAGAGGCACCCUGGCUCUUUUGAUGUUGUUCAUGUGAAGGAUGCUAACGGUAAUAGCUUUGCUACCAGGCUUUCCAACAUUUUUGUUAUUGGAAAGGGCAAUAAGCCAUGGGUUUCGCUGCCUCGUGGAAAGGGUAUCCGCCUCACCAUUGCCGAAGAGAGAGACAAAAGACUGGCUGCAAAGCAGAGUAGCAACUAAAUGUUUGAGAAAUGAACAGUGGUUGUACCACCCCCAUGCAACAUUAAAAAAGGCUUUCUUUAUAUACA